AGGUAACCGGCGUACGUCUCUAAAAGUUGGAUGAUCUACUUGGAAAGACGUGUUGUAUGUAGUGAAAGAAACUCCAAGGAGAUUCGCGCCCAUGAUAGAUCGUACUUUAAUUUCCAGAGAGAUUAACAGGAGCUUUUACGUGAUGUAGACUUGUAAGCGUGUGGUAUUGAUUCCUCAGGCAGCAUGUCGUCCGUUCGCAUUCCUAUUCCAGGCUUUCGUUGCACUCCCACAUCCACGCGUCGAAUACUAACUGCCGCAGCGCAACAAGGGCGCCUUUCGAGAUGGUCGACCGCUCCGACCUGGUCGGGCCCUUGUGCCGCUAGGCAGACACCUUCGACAGCCUCCUCUCUCUCUCGCUCCUGCGGCCGUUGUCGGCAGUGGUCAUCAACUACUACUAUAGUAUCUGCGGGAGGAAAACAAGUACCGGAGACUCAUUUUGGAGAUGGAGAUUCAUCUUGCUCCUCCUCGUUGUCUGCUAGUAAUUGUACUAGCUCCUGGAGCUGGAGGAGAAUAUCUCGAAAAAGUAUUCGAUGUUGUGGUAGCGGAUCGGCACCAUCCACAUCCUCUUGCACCAAUUAUGUGAGGCUCAGUACUUCUUCGCCUUCUCGUUCGUGCUUUCCUCCUGCAGCCGGUGGUCUCUUCUUUCGGUCGCAACCUCAGCAUCGGAUGGUAGUACCGUUUCGAAACGUUAGGCAACGACGACGGACUCGUGGGCGUAUAGUACAGCUGCGCCAGACGCACUACGAACCGAAGCCCGACACCGCUGCCAAGCUCCCCGUUUCCAUUCUUUAUGUCGUUGCUUGUGUAUUAUUUCGCAACUCCAAUCUCAAUCAAUCUUCAAAGUGCCUCCUCUGGAUUCUUUCGUUUUCCUAGUUAAGUACUUAGUACGGAGAAGGUGCACCUACACGCAGCAAGCGUUGACUAUGUUGAUUUGCAACAGCUUUAGGUUUCGCUGUUAGAAGGAAGCAACUCCAAUCAAACUCAAAGCAUGAGUAAGAGUAUUACUUCCGAGCAUACGCAUACCUGGUAUGGAAUGCUCUAAAUUUUUGGCACCGGAAUCGUGCGUCGAUUAGUGCAAUCACCGCGUGCAGAGGCUGAAGAUCUCCUCAGGCAAAUCGACUGGGAUAAGUACAAAACGGGUGUGCCCGGUGUCAGGUGGCAUCCUGUCGGCGGCUUCCGGGUACAGUUUCGGCGCACAAGGAAGGACAAAAACUUCCAAGUACAUACGACAGUGAGUUUAUGAUAGGCUUGUUCUUGAAAAUUGAGGUGCUGCAGGAAUCUUUGACGAUAACUUCCGGGUUUUUGUUCGUAUCCAACAUUACUCAAAGUUUCCGGUACUCGUAAUCCGUAAUUGCAGUGUCGUAAUGUACAGCUACUACAAUUGUUGUAAGUAUGCUCUACAAUGACAACCCUUCCAUACUCAAAAUUUCCAUUUGCACUUGUUGACUCUUUGUUGCUUGUUUCCAGGUAUAUUGUUCGAUCUAUUUUCGUGUGGGGCUUUAUGGGUUCGAUGAGGCGAAGCGUCGUGCUAUUGCAUAUCGGAAACGCUUAGAGCAAGAAUGGAAGGAGCAGGAGAAAAUAUGGAGAAUCAUGGACACAAAAAAGGAGAUCCAGCGGUUCCAAAAGCAACACGCCACCGCCACGGCAGCUGCGGAUGCCUCCGUAUCCGUAGACGUGUAAGUAGGCAUUAUUCUACAGAAAAGGAUGUGUAACUGUAAGCAUCCUUCCUCUAGACUAUAUUCAUUGCCAGUUCUUUUUGUGCGACGCUGGUUCUGGUAGAAGAAGUUGUAGUCAGGAGAGCGGUAUCGCUUGGUGGACGCCUAGAAGAAUUUGAGGGAGAGGAAUCUUCGCAGAGGUAAAUGGCUUCGCAACUGCAUAUCAAACCUGAGGAUGACUAUCUCGGAUAAUCACACAUCUAGCGAUAUCAACUAGCUUCACGUCACCCACGCAUACCUUCGCGCGGAUACGCAUAUGUUUUUGUUUGGUAACUCGAAAAAAUGUAUGAAGAUCAGGAACAGCUAGACAUUCCCUUAUACAGCGUCGCGUUUCAGACUCAGAGGCACAUACAUUUACAUUUCACUUCUCUACUGCGAAGGCAAGACGAGCCGUAGACGCUCUCUUUGUCCAUUAGUGGCACUGAAACACUGCGUUAUCUUGCAUCUUCUGUUGCGGAGAACCAUUCGCAUUCAGCUAGUCGAGGGUAAACAUGCAUACGGAGACUACUACUUGGUUAACCUAACUUCAAGUUCUCGGUCUGGUACAGCGA